CUGGGCAGUUUUCGACGAGUGUAGUCGAACUGGUGCCGACGAGUAUCGUGAAUACAGCUCAACACAAAGUAGGGAUUUUCCCCUGAACCGGACAUCACAUGUGUGGGAUGAAUAUCUAGAGGAUGGUGAAUUCAGCUACAUGUGUCGGGGGUUAUGCUUUUAAUUGCAGCGCUGGAGUAAGACGCCAUAUUGAGCGUUUUGUAGAAUUAAAGGCAGAGCACGGGCUUGUAGUGGUCGUGAGCAGAAUAUAGGACCAGCUUGUUUUCUGUAAAACAUUUCUCUAUGUAUGGCUAUUCUCAUUUCGAGUUUAUCAGGGUCAUUUUACGACAAUGUCGUGUGCUUGGAGUCGGCUACAACACUUUAGCAGGGUCAGGUGAAGGAGGCUGGAACACGGCAGAUCUAAGGAGAAAGUUAAUGUCUCUACAGCGGCUGUGCUUUUGUAAAGGAAUUUAUCAUAUGUGGUGUGUGUGUGUGUGUGUGUGUGUGUGUGUGUGUGUGUGUGUGUGUGUGUGUGUGUGUGUUCGUGUGUGUAGAGAGGAGGGGGGGAUACGGAUUAAAAGAGAAAGAAGGUUGAAAUUAUUGUGAAUGAUUAAAACAUUGAAAUUCAUUUUGGAAAUGGGAGAUUUGUGAGUCUUGCUGUUGUAUGCGUACACCGCGUACAACUUAAUUUAAUGAGUUAAUUGAUUGGUGUGUGUGUGUGUGUGUGUGUGUGUGUGUGUGUGUGUGUGUGUGUGUGUGUGUGUGUGUCACUGGGACAGCUCUGAAUGAACCCCAGACUUCUUAAAUCCCUCCAAGUUUUUUUUUCUCCUCUUUCCUGGGAUUUGAAAUGUAAUCCCGUCCUGCUGUAAUCGUAUUAAACGAACACGAUACUGCUGUGAGGCGGGAAACACCGUGUGAAAAAAAAAAACUCGUGUCUCUCUUUGUACCCAGCAGCACUUUCUCUCAGGGCCCUCAGGAACUGAUCCGCGUAUUCCAAGUGACCUUUAGUUCAGUGAAACGGCACCAUAUGUGCAAAAGUAAACUGAUCAAUAGUUAUUAUUUACUGAACAGUGCUGUGGUUUAUUCUUCAUCGCUUGUAAACACAUGCACUUGACUGUAAAGCUCCAGUCGUUAUUCUAAGCUUAAAGAUAUGAAUAUAGAUGCUUAAUCGUUAGAAAAAUACCAAAUGGUUCAUUUGUUCGACUAAUAUUAUCUUCACUUCUUCUUCUAUUAUUAACUGAGAACAGUCAGUCACAUCACAGCGUGGCCAGUCUGAUGUGAGGAGGUUCACCUGCAAGCUGUUGGCAAACAAAUUACGCACCAGUGAGUUGAUGGUUUUACGCGUCCUCUGCUCUUCCAUGGAGCUGUGCGGAAUCUAAUGGUGUCGAAGUGGAUUAAAAACAAAUAUAUAUUCUGUAACAUUUUAGCUGCAAAUCAAAGUGAGCUGCGUGUUGACCUCAGAGUGCACCGCGACGCUCACACAUCUCAAAACUUCCGGAGUCCCCGUUACUCACGGUCCUGACCUUCAGUAUAACGAUGCUUUCGUUUUAUUAUACAUUUAGGAACAUACAUUAUCAUUAUGAUAUUGAUCAGCACAACGACGGGGUUCCUUCGUUGUUGUGUUUUUUACGCACAUUUUAAUAAAGUCAUUUCUUGUGUCAUGGCCUGUACAAAAACUGCAGUCAACUGUCAGUAGUUAAUCUUUGUUUGUGAGGGAUGUAUGUGAGACAGGAGUGAAAAGUUGCCCCUCUUCUUCUUCUUCUUCUGCUUCUUCUUCUUCUUCUUCUCCGUUUUGCCUUGCUCUCAGUUUGGUGCUCGGUGUGUCUGGGCGCAUCACAUCUAACACAUAAGGCGACCUUUAAUUAGAAUAAUGCAGCAGCAGUUUGUUUUAUUCCCCUGGAGGCUGACACCUAGCAUCCCCCCCCCUCUCUUUCACUCCCCCUCUCUUUCUCUGUCUUUCUAUCUGUCCAUCUCUCCCUCUCUCUCUUCUCCUCCUCCUCCUCCUCCUCCUCCUCCUCUCUCUCUCUCCUUCUCUCUCUCCCUAUGUCUCUCUCUCUCUAAUAAGCAUCCUCCUAUCCUCGCCUCCGGUGCUGCAUGAAAAGAUGCAAACAUACUUAAUUAGAGCGGUGGCAAUAAUUUCCAGGCUAAAUAUGCGACCAGACAGACAUGGAAGUGAUCUGAUAGCACUCAGAGAGGAAACUACCUGCUCCCCUGUGAGGGAAGAAGCAUGUCACGGCUGUCACUGACCCGGUCCCCGGUCUCUCCCCUGGCCGCUCAGGGGAUCCCUCUGCCGGCUCAGCUGACCAAGUCGAACGCUCCGGUGCACAUCGAUGUCGGGGGACACAUGUACACCAGCAGCCUGGCGACCCUUACCAAGUGCCCAGACUCAAGAAUCAGUCGUCUGUUCAAUGGCACCGAGCCCAUCGUGUUGGACAGCUUGAAGCAGCACUACUUCAUAGAUCGGGACGGCGAGAUAUUCCGCUACAUUCUCAGUUUCCUCAGGACCAGCAAAUUGCUCCUUCCAGAUGACUUCAAGGACUUCCACCUGCUGUACGAGGAGGCACGCUUUUACCAGCUGACGCCCAUGAUCAAGGAGCUGGAGCGCUGGAAGCAGGAGCGAGAGCAGCGGCGGAUGGCCCAGCCCUGUGACUGCCUGGUUGUUCGCGUCACCCCAGACCUGGGCGAGAGGAUCGCCCUGAGCGGGGAAAAGGUGCUCAUUGAGGAGAUCUUUCCUGAGACCGGAGACGUCAUGUGUAACUCAGUCAAUGCUGGCUGGAACCAGGACCCAACACACGUAAUCCGCUUCCCCCUCAAUGGCUACUGCAGACUCAACUCUGUCCAGGUGCUGGAACGUCUCUUCCAGAAGGGUUUCAGCGUGGCAGCAUCCUGUGGAGGCGGUGUGGACUCUUCCCAGUUCAGCGAGUACGUAUUAUGUCGCGAGGACCGGAGGAGUCUGUCCAUCAACACUCCCAUCAGGAUAAAACAGGAACCCCUGGACUAGAGCAUUCUGGGAGAGGGACUGCUAAACAAACCCUGAUGAUCCUUCAUCUUCCACACCCUUCCCAAUCCCUGUCCCCUUCCUCAGUGUCCUAAAAGAACCACAACCACCCCAAGAUACCGAAGUAUUAGCAGAGGCUUGACUUGGCCAGCUCUGCAGAACUCUAAGGGGAAUGUAGAACCAAAUAAAGGAAAAAAACAUCAGCGUUACAGGUUUUUGAUUAUGUUAUAUAAUGCCCAAAGAAUCGGGGACCUUGACGAAAGGAACAACAACGACAAAUGGACUGAACAGCAGCUAACUUGAACCAUUUUAGCAUAGACUGGAUGAUCUUUUUUCCUUGUUUUACUAUCAAAGAAAUGUCCUGACCCCUUUGGGGCAACACAAAUGCAAAUUCCUUCAGUCCAAGUCUCCCCAUGAAACACAGAAAUGAAACAAAACCAUUUCCUUUAGCAGUGUAUCAUCCACUCAUGUUUCUGUAUGGAUCCCAUGUUUUGUCUGAGAGGUGAUGGGUCCGGCCUGCUUUGGGACAAGGGAACUUUGGCAGACAGAGCAUGACAUGAAAAAGGACAUAAUUCCAUUUUGUGACUCCCCCAAAAGACCCUCAAUUCCUGAACCCGUAAAGGCCAUGUCCCCUCACUCUACUUGUCUUUCUAUUGAAGGACAGGCCACGACGAAAACAGCCAAAUUUGUCAGACUGAUUGUUUAUUACAAUUUUCAUUGUUGUUUCUAAAGUAUGCUCCUUUUGCUGUUUUUAUCACGACAUGGUGUAAACAAUUAUUAUUAAUAGGAUUAUUUUUAAUGUCUCUUUUUCCUGUCUCCAAUAUGAAGGAUGUAUGAACGUUAUAUUCAUUAGGCUUCGAGAGCCUGUGAGGGAGCAUUUUCUUGGCAGUAGCUGCAGAAACUCAGAUGUCUUCAGGCUAUGUGGCUAAAGCGAUCUGGCUGGCAAUGCUUUCAGAGCCGGAAAAAGUCCCAAUUGUUUAAACGGCAAUGGAAGAGAACCUGGAUGUUUUGACAUUGUCUCUAGUCAAAUGUGAAGCACACAUUAAAAACAGUGCUCUAAAAUUUCUGCUUUUCAGCUCCAAAAUCUUGGUUGUCUGAUUGGAUUCUCUCUUACGAGUACGAGCCUUUGUAGAGGAGGUUUGAGAAAGUUUGUCAAAUUGAAAUUCAGGUUGAAGUUGCACAGCUCCCAAAGUAUACUGCAGUUUCGUUGAGUACGAAUGUUAAGACUUGAGGACCAAUGUGGAGAUUUGAUGUUUACCAGUAUGUCUUGUGAUCAGCCAGAGAUGUACUCUAAAUGCUUAAUGUUUCUUUGCACUUAAACAUUUCCUGCCCUGUUCAAACUCCUGUUUGAACCCAGUGCCCUUUGCCCAACCAAACUGUUAAUCUUCACAUUCACAUUAAACACAUUUAAAACGUAAAUUAGAACAAAUAAUUUAGGUGCCAAAGGAGAUGAGGUGCUUAUUUUUGUUGAUUGUACAAACCAAAAAGGCAUAAUCUCUUUUUAUAGCAUAAAGCUAAAGAGGACACAAUAGACAUUUGAAGGACCCCAGUGUUUGUUCCCCCAGGCCUCCAGUCUUGACAGUUUUGUUGAGAAAAGCUCACAGUACCUUCAAAGUUUAAGACACUCUGUUUGUUUCUAUAUUGUCACUUCUAAGCCGAGCUGAUUUCAAUGCUUCUUCUUCACAUGUAUGUAUGGCAGAAGCCAGUGUGAACUACUCCCAGCAUCAGAGCGUUGUUCACAAAGAGGCGAGUGGGUGGCAUUUACUCCAUCCUGCUCUCAUUCUUUUGGUCUUAUUCUCAACAUUUCUGGAUCAAAGACAAAAACAAGAAAGGCCAAGUUUUCAUGCUUUAUAUUUGUGUGUAACUUACAGAUGCUGUUUCUUCCAUUACAAAAGACAUGAUAAAAACGAUCUCUCCAGGCUCUAGCGGUUGAGUUUAACAGGGGUUAUUUUUUAUUAACUAGUUAUUCAUUAAAAAAAUGGCUGGCAGUUGCCUUUGACCAUAUUGUCUUGAUAUCUGCUCUCUCCGGAUGGCUGCUGAUUAAACAAGGCCAAUGAGUGGAUAAAGAUGAGCUUGGUGUCGCUCCCAGUCCAGAGCCCUCCUACCCAGGGGGGGUCUCUCUCUCUCUCUCUCUCUCUCACAAUCAAGCCCAUCUUUGUUCUGACCUGCCAGUGGCAUGCGCCUUGCAUCCAGUCGCCUCAAAGGGAAUGGUCAACCAGGCCUUUCAUGUGCCGAGGCAUGUUGGGCUUUUCACAGCCCCCCCCCCCCCCCCACCCUCCCCUGCCUCCUCAAGGACUCCCAGCUCAGCGGUGCCAGUAGAAAGUCGGGUUGCACCCCCUGCUGCUGUGUCAUCCCCCAUUGCCCUGGUUUUCAAAAAUGCCCUCCUGGGCCACACCGCAACCAACCAAACAAACUGAUGAGUCAAAUGUGAGUGUACUGAGAACACACUGUACAGCCAGGAGACUCUGUGGCUGAUCCCCAGAUCUUUGAUCCAGUUCAUGUGAGGUGUGGAAACUCAUCUGGGUUAGCUCUUGAAGAAACAGGGGUAAAAAAAAUAAAAUAACCACUGUUGUACUGCAGCCACACAUCUGCGAGAGUUCAUUCCUUCAGGGAGGAAGCGAAGAAGGCAUUUUUUCUCACUGAUGUGGCAUUUUGGAAUCACAGAAAUUGGCUUUAAGCAGAUUUGUAGAGCUAAGGGGUUAUGCUUUUGUGAUUUAAAACACAAGUGACCAAUCAGACCUGCACAUUGCAGGAUCGGUUCCCUCUGUCUGCAAUAACCAAACUUGGCAACGCCCCAAACAAUUGACAGGUUGAUAACAGAGUUAGACAGGAACUGGAAACUCAAAUAGAUGUGUCUUCACAAGCCACCGUUUUCCGAUGACGGACUGGUCAAGGUUUCAGCCACUUCACUUGGCAUUCACUCCCCCAGUUGUACAGUUAUUGUAUAUUGAAUUAUAAGGACUCAGGGUUUUACGGGACCCUCGUGUUUUUAAAGAGACCUCUUAGUCCUCUUCACAAAAAGAAUGAAAAGAAUUCAAAGAGUUACAUUGUGUACAUAUGGAUUAAACAUUUCAAAGGGUAUCAUAAGGUGCAAAUGUAUAUUAUUUAAAGUGUUUAAAACAAUUAGACUGUGGUAUUAAAGGGCAUGUGUUCAUUUACAGUGUCUCUGUUUGACUUUUCUUGCAUAUUUGCGAUAAUAAAAGGAUGUACUGUA